GACGGAUACAUAGCCUUGAGUGGUGUGUGUUAAAGAGAGAAACUACAUCAAUGAGGACAUCUGGCAUGGCGGUGUUCAAACAGCAAAAUGUGGAUGACUUCUAUGAAAUUGGAGAAGAACUAGGAAGCGGUCAGUUUGCUGUUGUGAAGCGCUGCACUGAGAAGAGCACAAAUUUGGAAUAUGCAGCCAAGUUCAUCAAGAAACGCCAGAGUCGGGUCAGCAGGCGCGGCGUGAGGAGAGAGGAGAUUGAGAGGGAAGUUGACAUCCUGCAGCAGCUCCAGCACCCCAACAUCAUAUCUCUGCACGAUGUUUAUGAGAACCGCACAGACGUGGUGCUCAUCCUGGAACUGGUCUCUGGAGGAGAGCUGUUCGAUUUCUUGGCUCGGAAGGAGUCUCUAAGUGAAGAGGAGGCCACUCAGUUUAUCAAACAGAUCCUGGAUGGAGUCCACUACCUCCACUCCAAGAGGAUUGCACAUUUUGAUCUAAAGCCUGAGAACAUAAUGCUGCUGGAUCGGAACGUCCCACUGCCACGUAUCAAGCUCAUCGACUUCGGUCUGGCGCACAAAAUCCAAGAAGGAAUGGACUUCAAGAACAUCUUUGGGACUCCUGAAUUUGUUGCUCCAGAGAUAGUCAACUACGAGCCGCUGGGACUGGAAGCAGACAUGUGGAGCAUUGGUGUGAUCACAUACAUACUAUUGAGUGGAGCGUCACCUUUCCUCGGCGACACAAAGCAGGAAACGCUGGGUAAUAUCUCGGCGAUGAACUACGAGUUUGACGAAGAGUUGUUUAGCAGUACCAGCGAGCUGGCCAAGAGCUUUAUCAGACAACUCCUUGAAAAAAGCACAAGAAAACGAUUGACGAUACACGAGGCGUUGAACCACCCCUGGAUUAAGUCCCAUGGCCACAUGGAGGACAGCGCAGCCCUCGGGGCCAGGAAGAAAGCGGUGUCUCCCCAGCUGAGGACCAAACGCUUAAAAGAGUACACCAUCCAGUCUCACUCCAGCAUGCUGCAGAACCACACAUAUGCCAACUUUGAGCGCUUCUCCCAUGUGGUGGAGGACAUCAGCCUGAUGAAGGCAGAGCUCUCAGAGUUGACAGCAACACACAACGUGCUGCAGGGGGACAUUGAGGCUCUUCUGUCCAUCUACAACGACAAGGAGGCCUGGUACAAGGAGGAGCGUGAGAGCACUAGGAAGCAGCUCUCGCAGGUCCGCUACGAGUUCCGCAAGGUGGAGGCCAACAGGAGGCUGUUGCAGGAGGACUUAAAGACCGUGGACGUCAGCCUGGACAGCAUGAACAGGAGGUACCGGCGCCGGCAGAGCCAGCUGGAUGCUCUCAGGCAGGAGCUGAACUCUGAGCUGCAGUGGCUGCAGGAGUUGAUGGACUCGCUGAAUCCAGAAGGAGCCAACGGCAGUAUAGUGAACGUGGAGGUGAAGGAGGCGCUGCAGGAGCUACUUGGAGGAGAGCUGCGUGCCGAGGCCAAACAGGCCGCCACAGAGUGCGGCUAACGUGGUGCUGCAAAAUAUUCAACAGCACAAACAUUUAAAUAUAUUAUUUAUUUGCAUUGUGAUCAUUUCAGCUAACCAGCACAUUAGAGUGAACACAAGCAAAAAAACAAAAAAAAAAAAAAAUCUAAACUGAUUUAUUUAUAUGUGACUGCAGGAUUGGAAGCUUUUCAUUUUUGAUAAUGGUGCAGAAUGCUGCUGGAGGAAUGCUGAGUCGCAGCAGAAAGUACACUUUCUCUGGAAUUAUUUAUUUAUUUAUUGUGAUUUCACUCUGUUUUUGUGUUCUGUGUUCUGCUGUCAGUGGUGGGCACAGUUCAGCUAACAGCUAACAAGCAAAGCUUAGCCUAUUAAGCUUUGCAGAUAACUUUGAAAACCAUUUAGCAGACCAGUUAUCUUCUGCUAUAUUUAUUUUUGCUAACUUUAAGUGGGCUAACAUUUUAAAGAAAGCUUAAUGACCAAAAAUGAUUGGAAUCCCUAAACUCAUACAUGAUU